CUUCGAUCUGGUACAGUUCCGCAACCGAAAUCAAUAAAGAAGUGCACUCAAGGGUGUAAAGAAAUACCUCCCACAAACAGAAUGGGGGAGUUUGUAUUUUAUUUCAUCUCAUUUUGUUUUAGCAUGAUGGUACACUGUAACACAGUAGGGAGGACGUUCGGUUGCAGGGGCUCUGUCACUAAAAUUAGUAGAUUGGAGCUGGACCACGAGCUGAAUUCCCAUUCCUGGUGUGUUAUCCUGCCACACAAACUCCACCUAAAAGAGACGUCAACAAGAAUUCAUUGCCGUCCUUUCCCCAUUCCCCAAUCCCCAUUCGCGCUUAGGCCCCUUUUAGAACGACAUCUGAUCUGUUCCACCGGGAUCAGUCGAUGCACGCCUUUUUUUCCGACUCAACUUUCCGAAACACUACUGGUGUAGCGUGUGGCUGACAAGAACCACCCGGAAGAGACGGACAGCCUGUCCUCUGCCUCUAUUUUCUCCCUUCUCUUUCUCCAGACUUGCGUUUGCAGCUUGCAGCUAAGGUACACCGCCGACUGCUAUAUACACUGUUUUAA